AGAGCGCAGAGGGCAGCUCCUCUAAUGCCAUCUCCCGAGCGCGCCGAGGACGGUGACGACCAUACUCCACGCAUUCAUUCGAGCGCGCCGAGGAUCGAGGAUCGCGGUGACGCACCGAUGGUAGCAGGGGUGCGCGAAGAGAGCAGCGACCGUCGAGUGUCGUGAACGCGACUCGCGGGAGAGUAGGCGGGACCAUCGAGUCGAAGGCGCACCCACGCCGAGAAAGGGCCAAGCGUCCACCGCGUCAAGGACAGGUCACGCGUCCACUUCGAGGGAAGGGCGGUCACGCGCUCACGUCGAGAAGGGGCGGUCGAGCACCCCGCUUCGAGGGCUGGGGCGCACGGUCGGCGAAGAAUGGGAACAGAGCACCCUCCGCGGGCACGAGCAGCGGCGCGCCCUUCGAGAGUACAAGAAGCGGCGCUCCCUUCGAGAGUACGAGCAGCGGCGCACCCUGCGUGGGUACGAGCAGCGGUGCACCUUGCGUGGGUACGGAAAGCGGCGCACCCUCCUCGCGCGUCGUACAGUGACCCGCCUCCAAGAGUACGAGAAACGGCGCAUCCUCCGAGAGUACACGAAACGACCCUCCCUCCUCUCGCACUGUACCGCGACCCGCCCUCCGCGGGUACGAGAAACAGCACACCCUCCGCGAGCACGAAAAGCGACCCUCCCUCCGAGGGCACGAUAAGCGACCCUCCCACCGAGAGCACGAGCAGCGGCACGUCCUCGCGCGAGCAGCGGCGCGCCCUUGAGAGCACGAGCAGCGGCGCACCCUCCGAGAGUACGACAAGCGGCGCGCGCUCUGAGAGUACGGGAAGCAGCGGCGCACCCUCCGAGAAUACGAUAAGCGGCACGCCCUUCGAGGGCGCGAGAAGCGGCGCACCCUCCGCGAGCACGAGCGGCGGCACGCUUUCCGCGGGCACGAGAAGCGACUCCGCCCUUGGGAGUACGAGCAGCAGCGCACCCUUGAGAGUACACGAAGCGGCGCUCCCCAAGAGCGGUGGAGCGCCCGGGGUCGAGGGUGUACCCUACCUCCACAGUAUGAGACGAGCGGCGUACCCCACCCAUACAGUGGGGGAUCGAGGGGCGUACCUCACCCAUACAGUGGGGGAUCGAGAGCGCACCCAUGCCCCAAAGUAUGGGUCGAGAGCGCACCCUACCUCCAUAGAGGGGGUCACGGGGCGGGAGGAGGGAGCGAAUGAGGGAGGCGGGGAGGUGGAGCAACUUGGGGAGAUGGAGAAGUCGGGGAGGUGGAGCAACGUGGUUACAUAGAUGGUAGGAGAAGGCGGGUAGGAGGGCGGCGGGUAGUAGAGCAAUGCAGGGAGGCGGCAAGUAAAGAAAAAGAAGGCGAGAGAGUAGAGCGAACGAAGGCGGGAGCCUGGGCGCGACCUCGCCUCGAGUCGAGAGUCGAAGAUGCGGAGAGCGAGAUACGAGGGUCGGAGUUGGGUGAGGAGAGUCGCAGUCGAAGGUGAGGAGGGCGGAAGUUGAAUUUGUGUGAGGAGGAUCGAAGGCGAAGGUGAGGAGAGUCGAAGUCAAG